CCGGCUUGCAAAGAGGAGCUGGCCAAACCUCGCCAGUCCUUCUAUCACCACCCUCCUUCUCCGAGAUCAAGACCUCGCUUUGUUCUACCGCGGAACUCGGUGGGGCUGGUUAGUUUACUGGCAUGACAUGACGUUGCGCCUACAAUGUAGCAGGUGGCAUCAGAAACCCUCCUUCUCAAUAUAGGGUGGUCUUCAUAAGCUGGUUUGGGAUGUGAAAUAGGAUGGGCGGAGAGAAGUGAGAUCGGGCGUGGUGGUGGGGCAAUAUGGUACCUGAGGCUCUCAAUGUGAGUAUUAACGAGAGCCUGGUGAACGUAACAGAGGCCCAACCGAAAGACCAUUACACCAUCACCCAGAUCGUCUUCAUCGCAAUAGUCGCCAUCUUCCUAAGUAUAGUGACCGUCGUCGGCAACAUCAUGGUCAUGAUCUCUUUCAAGAUCGACAAACAGCUCCAGACCAUCUCCAACUAUUUUCUCUUCAGCCUUGCCGUCGCUGACUUCGCCAUCGGCCUAAUCUCGAUGCCGCUUUUCACCGUUUCCACCAUAAUGGGCUACUGGCCUCUCGGGCCUCAUGUCUGCGAUACCUGGCUCGCUCUCGACUACCUCGCGAGCAACGCGUCUGUCCUCAACCUGCUAAUCAUCAGCUUCGACAGGUACUUCUCUGUCACUAGACCUCUCACCUAUAGAGCAAAGCGGACGACCAACAGAGCGGCCUUUAUGAUCACUUCGGCGUGGGGGCUUUCUUUAAUUCUCUGGCCCCCUUGGAUCUACUCGUGGCCCUACAUCGAAGGGAAGAGGACAGUGCCUGACACGGAAUGCUACAUACAAUUUAUUGAAACGAACCAUUACAUCACCUUCGGCACGGCGAUAGCCGCCUUCUACGUCCCCGUCACGGUCAUGUGCUUCCUAUACUACAGGAUCUGGAGGGAGACGAAAAAACGGCAAAAGGACCUGCCGAAUUUACAAGCUGGCAAGAAGGACAGCAGUAAAAGAUCCAACUCAAGUGAUGAAGCGGUCGACCUCGAAGACUGGAAAAAAUCUAGAGGCGACGGCGGUGCGAAAACGGUUUCCGGUGGUUCCGAUCAGACGAGGAUCGAGUACGGAAUGCCCGGUGAUCCCAAUCAAUACCAUAAGAAACCAAGGCCUUUUACUUGGCGGUGGAUACGGGAAUGGUGUAUUGCAUGGUGGCAUUCUGGCCGGGAAGACAUUGAGGGAGAGUGCGAAUUGGAGGACACCCCUAGCGACAUGGGCUAUGCGACUCCAGUAUCUGUUGAGACACCUUUACAGUCUUCAGUAUCAAGAUGCACAUCAAUGAACGUUAUAAGGGAUCCUUAUGCUGGUGGAGGAGUACCACAGACGCCUCGUCUCGCUCAUCACCUUCAUUAUGACAGCCGGAGUUUACCCCCUACGACUAGAUUACAAGGAAGAUCGCUUUCAACUGAUUCAGUAUACACAAUAUUGAUAAGAUUGCCAGGUGAUAAUAGCUGCGAUGGUGUUACUGAACAACAGCAACCAUCAAUCAAAAUGAUAACGGAUGAUCUGGCUUCCACACCGGUGAGAGCAGGCAUGCGUGGGAGAGUUGAAAACUCGACAACAGACUAUAAUCUCUCUUUGCACCCUGGCGGUGGGUAUCAUGCUGCUGUAAACAGGAGGCCAUCGCAUAUUUCCGACAUUAGAAUACCAUUGACUGCCAAGAUUAUACCGAAACAGCUUGCAGCUGGGCAAAGGCACCCGCCGCCUAAGAAAAAGAGAAAAACACAAGAGAAAAAGGCGGACAAGAAAGCGGCAAAAACGCUAUCUGCUAUUCUUUUGACAUUUAUCAUUACUUGGACACCCUAUAACAUUUUGGUCUUGUUGAAACCAAUAACAGAAUGCACCGACUGUAUACCACAAGGUGUAUGGGACUUUUUCUAUUAUUUGUGUUACAUUAAUAGCACCAUCAAUCCUGUCUGUUACGCUCUGUGUAAUGCAUCAUUUAGACGAACGUAUGUCAGAAUAUUGACUUGCAAAUGGCAUAACCGAAAUAGAACGGCAAUGAAUCGGGGAUUUUACAAUUAAAGACCCUCUAACUAAAAACUAUAUAUUUUAUAUAAUUUGAUAAUGAGCAGUAUUUUUACAAGUGGUAUUUUCUAAGUCUGGUAGGGCUAGAUCAAUUACAUUUUUCAAAAAGAAUAUUUUAUAAUAAUAAUGCGCCCCACCUACACAAUUACAACACAAACUUUUAUCCCAACGUAAAAUUCUUUAUGUUUAGGUACAAAAAAAUUCCCAAAAUUAUAUUUUUAAUUAAACGAAUUUACCUUCUCUUGCAGUAUUAGUGGUAACAAGUAAAAAUUGAUAUAUUUAUAACUUAUAACAUAUUAUAGAUAUAAUAAAUCAUAAAUAUUGUGGUAAAUAAAAACAUAUUAUUACAAUAGGGUCACAAAGUAAAUGUUUGGAAUUUAAUUGUUAAGUAAAGAUGGGUGGAUGAAAAGGGUCAUGUAUAUUUAAUGAUUGCCAUUACCUUAUUUCAAGGUUGUGGACAAGAGUGCAACGAUAUAAAUUCAAAUGCUAUAGUUUAUUUAUGUGUACCAUACAUUUAAUCAUGUUUUUUGUAGAUCGUUUCGCUCAAUUUAUAUUAAACAAGUAAUAUACGCAUCAAGUUAAUCUAAGAUGUUAGAUUUUUUAAUGUACUUAGUCAUGCUUUUAUAGAAUCGUUGAAUAGUUUGUAUCAUUUUACCAAUUUGAAAUUGGCAGAAUGCGUUAUAAAAAAAAAAGAGAAUUGAAACAUUCCUUUGGAAUUACAUGGCAUUUUUAGAUUUCGUCAGCAUGAUGUGUAUUUUCUAAAAAUCAGCAGUACUUUUUUUACAAGUGAAAAAAAAAAUUUUGUGUACAUAUAAAUAUAUUGGGUGAAGUGUUUCAGAAACUUCGAAAAAUAUAAUAAAUAUAUAUAAAUAUA